CUCAUCCUGCUGAAGAAGAUCAGACACAGUCAAGCACACACCGACUCCAGCGGACAGAAGCCGGUGAUUUCAGUGUCUGCUGUUCUUCCUCCUCUGUUGAAGAGCUCAACGACUGCUAAAGCUGCACAACCUGUGGUUCCCGCUCGGCCUUCUGGGACGGUGGCUCCUCCUCCACUGGUGCGCGGUGGUCAUGUGACCAAACACACUCAGCUGAUCAUGCCAGCGCUGGUCAGAGGAGCUCAGUCUCUCUCAGUGACGCCACAGCAGAUGUGCAGUCUCCGCCAGCAGAGCUCCUCCUCCGGGCCUCCUCCACUCCUGCUGGGGCCCAGCGCUCAGGGCCACCGCCUCCUCCAGCCGGGCCUCGUCCGCACCGCCUCCAUCCCCAGCGCCAGCCUUCUGCUCAUCAACCAGACCGCGGGGUCGAGCCUGAAGCCGGCGAGCGCUGGCGAGUGUGUGGCGUCAGUGAAGCUGGCUCUGCAGAAACAGCUGGAGAACGCUCUUCUGGAGAUCCCGCCGGCCAAACCACUCGCAACCCAGCUCACCUUCAUGCCCUCGGCCGCCAGUCUCCAGUUCCUCUACCUACUGGGGCUGGAGGAGGUGGUGCACAGCCUGCUGGAGUCUCUGGGCCGAGGUCAGCAGGGUGUGUACGCUGGGCGAGUGGUCAGUGGAGAGCCGUCCUGCUGUCGUCAGUGUGAGACGGACUUCACCAGCCGCUGGUGUGAGGAUGGGGGCGGAGCCGUCGUGUGUGAGCAGUGCCUGUCAGCCAAUCAGAAGCAGGCGUUGAAGGCCCAGCACACCAGUCGGCUGAAGGCGGCGUUCGUGAAGGCUCUUCAACAGGAGCAGGAGAUCGAGCAGCGCAUCCAGAAGACCACAUCAUCAUCAUCAUCAUCGGCUCACAGGGGGAAGAUGAGCCGCCCCCCCGCAGCCAUCAAACAGGUGUCUCCGGCGUCCCGUGGCCUGCCGGCGUCUGGGAUUCGCUCCAUCUCCUCUUCUCCUUCUCCUCGACUGCAGAACGCAGUGGUCCACAGGCCGGGUCAGCAUGCAGUGCGUCAGGGGUCAGAGGUCAUCAGGAGCCGUGACCCCACGACCUCUGGCUGGAGGAAGAGGAGCCGCGGAGCAGCAGCAGGUGUGACGAUGGCCUACAUGAACCCCAGUUUGUCGGGACACAAGUCGUCGUCAGCGCUGGAGCGGCACAGAGAGUUUCUGCUGGACAUGAUCCCGUCACACACCGUCUCACACACCGCAAACUCCUGGAAGUGAAGCUCGGGAUCAGUCUUGGAAUCAGGACGUGUGUGUGUGUGUCUCUGUUCACGAUUCAGGACGUGUGUGUGUGUGUGUCUGUUCACGCCAGAGUGCCGAGACGCUUACACAGGUUUAUUCAUCCAAGGGCUUUUCACUCUCACAUCGCAUCUGAACCGGAU